AUGUCCUUACUUAUAUUUCCUGAUGAAAUUCUUCUUGAUAUAUUUGAUUAUUUAUAUUUCUCUGAAAUAAUCUAUUCAUUUUAUGAAUUAAUGCGUCAUAAUCAACGAAUAUAUGAUUUAAUUCAUACACGUCUUCAUACAAUAAAUAUAUCAAAAAUUGAUUUACGUUUUAUGACAAAAUCACAAUUUCAUUAUAUAUGUUGUUAUAUAAAAUCUCAAAAUAAUUUACAUGAAAAUAUUCAAAAUUUAAUAUUAUCAAAUCAAUAUUCAUUCGGACAAAUCCGUUCAUUGAUAAGUCAUAUAUCAUUUGAUCAAAUAAAGAAUUUAAAAAAAUUACAUUUAAUUCAACCAGCAUUAGAUGAAUAUCAUAUAUUAUUUCCAACGAAACCAUCUCAAUUAACUCAUUUAAUAUUAGAAAAUCCUGAAUGUAAUGAUAAUGAUCGUAUUAUUCUUAUUGAUGAAAUGGAAGAAUUAAUCGAAUUAAAUAUUAUAUCAGAAUAUUCAAUUCAAUUUCGUUCACAGUAUCCACGAUUAGAAAAAUUAAUCCUAAGUCAAAUAAAUUUAAUUGAUUUAAUUGGUUUUCGAACAUUUUUUCCUAAUUUACAUUAUCUUGAUAUAACAUUAACUGGUACAGAUAUAGAUUUCGAUCAAAUAUCUAUACCACUAUUAACUGUAUUAAAAUUACGUAGUUUUAAUGUUCAACAUGAUAUAUGUGAGAAUUUUUUAUUAAAUUUACCACAAUUAAGAGAAUUAUAUUAUUCAAAUGAAAUUGAUUGUAAUAAUAUAUCUCUUAUUGAUGGUUAUCGAUGUCAAAAAUUUAUUGAACAAUUACCAUUAUUAGAACAAUUAGAAUUAAAUUUAUAUUUAUUAAAUACACAAUCAACGGAUAUUUGUGAAAUAGCAGGUUCAUUUCAAAAUUCAUAUUAUCUUUCGAAAAAUUGGAAUAUUGUUUGUGAAUCAUCAUUAAAUUCAAAUAAUUUUCAUAUUUAUUCUGUACCAAUGUUAUCAUUUAAUAUACUUGAUACAACAAGUGAUAGUCUAGUUUCUUCAGCUGUAUUACCUGUUGAUGAUCCAUAUGCUAAUAUAAAUUAUUUAAAAGUAAAUAUGACAUCAAAUUGGCCAUUAGUAACAAGAUUUUUUUCAAAUAUUCAAUCACUUGAAUUAUCUCAAUUAAAUCAUUCAAAAAUGAUUCCAACAUUUUCUAUAUUAUCUUAUUUAAAUAAAUCAAUGUUUUUAUCAAAACUUCGUAAAUUAAUUUUACCAACACCAUGUCAUUUUGAUGAUACACUUUUAUGUCAUCUUUUACAACAAAGUGCACCAAAUAUAACUAAUCUUGAUAUAUCAUGUCAUUAUUUACUUCAUUUAAUAAAAGAAAAUAAAUUACAAUCACCAUUACCAAUACGUACACUUACAUUACGUGAUAAUCAUCUUUCAUUAAAUGAUCAAACUAUAUUUAUUGAUUUUUUUAAAUCAUCUUUAAAUUGUUUAUCAUUAUAUUUACAAAAUGAUAAUUCAUUAUCUGAAACAAUAAAAUUAUUUCUCGAUCAAUUUCAAUCUUUAUAUAGUUUGGAUAUAUUACUCAAUGAUCCUAUAUCAAUGUUAAUACAUGUACAACUUUGUCAAAUGUUACAACAACGUUCAGAUGCUAGUGCUGAACUUCGACCAACAAAUAUUCGAAUUUGGCAAAAUUAA